AUUCGAAAAUGGAACUGACCCCUAUGGGCAUAUUCACAGCAUGGCUAGGAGUAUUUUCAAUAUCAUUUACAUUAAUGCCUUUUAUCUUUUCCUAAACCCCAGGGACUGCGAUCUCUAUGGCUUUGAAAACUUCGUUUACAAUUGUGUUUUGAUGUUCUAUUUUUAUAGUAUGAUGGUGCUUGACUGGCGCCGUCGUGGAACAGCUGAUGGCUUUUCGUCUGUGAACUUUGUGCUUCCUAUGCUUAUGUAAGU